GUGCUUCUACAAGAUCUAGUACUGCGCCACUUAUCCUGCAGAAUGACAGAGGAAACACCGAAUCUGAAGGUUUUCAGAGAAGCUGAAGUCAGAGACAACAAGGAUAAAUCAACGCUUUUAAUAAUACAUGAUAGUGUCUAUGAUGUAACGAAGUUCCUGGAAGAGCACCCUGGCGGUGAGGAGGUCUUGCUGGAACAAGCUGGGAAAGAUGCUACAGAAGCUUUUGAAGAUGUGGGCCACUCAACUGAUGCCAGAGAACUAAUGAAAGAUUAUUUGAUUGGGGAACUUCAUGAGAGUGACAGAAAGGGAACUACAAUAAAGCCCAACACAUCGAUAAAUGCACCGGUUUCAAAUUCAGGCGGUGGCUGGACUGGCUGGUUACUUCCACUCGGUGUGGCACUGGCUGCUGCCUUCCUGUACCGCUAUUUCAUGGCACAACAAAACAGCUGAAAUCAUAUAUUCCACCCAGACAUGUUGGACCAAUCAUUGUUGUGACUGAUCUCGACCAUAGUGCUUUUUAUGUUGCCUCCAAGCUCUCAUAGAAAGUAUCCAGAGACCAACUGUUUUAUAAUCAGAAUGCAGUAGCUUAUGGCUGUCCACUUUGAUCUACUUCAUGGAUGAAUUCAUGCUGAUCUUGAUUUUCUUUGUUAAUUAUUUAUGAACAUUAAAGCAUUUUUUUUCAGGUCAGAAACCAUAUUUAAAAAUGAGUUUCUGAACAUUGUUCAUGAUUUCAAAUGAAUGUAUGUCACUGACUAGACAAUAAAUCAUUGUAUAAAGCAG